AUGUUACAUGCGAAACCAAAGGCAACAACCUAAUAAGUACUUUUCUAAGAUUUGAAGAGCAAGAAAUCUUCAACAUCCUUCAAUCCUAUUAACACACUUUUUGGAAAUUAACAAACUGUCAAUCUCCCUAGCAAUUUAUGUAUCUAAUUAUUAUACUCUUUAGCUAUUCCAUUAUAUAGAGGACAUUUUGUUAAUUUUUAUCACGAACAGAUAAGGAUUAAUGAUAAUUGUUCUUUAAGUGGCAUAUAAGAUGGCUUUCUUUACUUUGUGGUAAAUGAAAAAACUUUGGUAUUCUAUUUCUAUUCACCUGAGAAAUAGGACCUUAAUUAUUAUUAUAAUACUGUAAAAUUUCAAAUUUAUUUUAGGAUGAGAAAAAGUACAAAUUUCCAAUUAGAGUUAAAGAACAAUAGAUUAAUCAACUAGAAUAUAUUACAGCCGUUGGAUUUUAAUAAGUUGAUGAUAUAUGGACUAUGGCAAUUGCUUCUGAAUUUUAUAUAAAUUUGUAUACAUUUACAGGAGAUUUGAACAAUUUUUAAAAACUAAAAUAAGGGUUCAAUGUUAAUGGAGAAAUAAUUAAUUAAAUAAUCUUCAAUUAAGAUAAUUUAAUCUAUGGUGGAAGUUCAGGUACUCUUACUUGUAAAUCUAUUGAUACAGCUCAAAAUUACACUACUUAAUUGAAAGAAAAAAUAAAAAAAUAAUUUCAUAGGAUUUUUAAAGAUUUAACCCCUUGGUCAUCACAUUAAGGAUUAAUCUAAUUAGAAAUACAGGAAGAAUUUAAUAUUUGUUAUGGUUUGUUUGAGAAAUUAGACAAAAAUGAAAAUGUUGAAGACACAUUCAUAACAAUUUAUGAUAUUGGACUAUAGGGAGAGCUCUUUUAAGAAAUAAUAACUAUAAAAUAAUCUUAACUUUUUAAUUCUAAUUUAGAAUUCAAAAAUGUAUUUGAUUACCAAAAUUUAUAAUUUUAUCAUGUUUUUUUUGAAAAGUAAUAAUAAACUAAUAAGAUCAUUUUGAUUAUAACAACUAAAGACUAACUGUAAUUUCAUUUGUUGUUUGAAUUAUAAGAUAGAUCUAUUAAUGAAAUAACUUCAUAUAAUUCGUCUGUGUCUAACUUAAAUGUUAAUAAAUAAUAAUAUAUAAAAUUGAAGCCUGAAUUCUAGAUCAUCUAAAUAAAGAAUCCAUACAUGAAAAUUGAUACUGAUAUUCCAUAUGGAGUAUGUUUAGAUGAAAGUAGAAUAUAAUACAAGCAAAAAGAGAUGCUUACUAUUUAAUAAAAUUCAACAUUGAAGUCUGUAUACAAAGAGGAAUAAUUAUCACUAUUUCAUUUAGACAACUAUAUCAUUGCAUAAUUUCUAGAUAUGGCUCAUAUCUAAUAUUUUAGAAGUCUAGAACAAUAAAUUACUAAAUAUAACUCUUAUAAUUAGAUCUAGUAUUCUAUAUAUAGAGAUACAUCAAAAGAAGCAAUUGAAAAAAUUUAACUUCAUGGUUAAAAUGGUCAUAAUAUUCCUAAAAAUAUAUACAACAUUGGUAAAUUGACAGUUAAUCGAUUAUUCAAUCACUUUGAUAUAAAUGAAUCUUAGCUUUAUAAUUUACCUGAACAUUAUGUCUGUAUUGCUGAUCAUUCUAUAGAAUUUAUAGUUAGAAUGAGGCCUAUUGAUUGCUUCUUUACAGCUAUCAAAGUUACACAUUAUGAUUUUAUUGAUUAAGUAGAUGCAGACUUUCCACUUGAAAAAUUAAUUAGAGCUUAUGGCAUUGAGGAAAGUUGUGCUUAAAUAUUAUAAAUUAUUAUACAGGAAGAAUAAGUGUUUUACAUAAAUGUUGAACUUUAGCAUUAAUAUUAAUUAGAUUUACAAAAAGCAUAUUAAAGAAUACAUUAUUCUGAAAAUAUUUAAAAGUUUUUUGAUGAUAACGAGAAAAUUCCUAUUUGGGUUACAGGUUAAGUUUAUGUUCGUAAAGGAGCUAUUAUCAAAGAAAAAGCACUUAAAGCUUAUUUUGCUUUAAUUAAGCGUUCAUUAAUUUCCGAAGAAAGAAAUUAAAGGUCUAAAAAAGUAUCAAGUACAACAUCUUUAAUUUGGAAAAUACUUGCUCCAUUAACAACAAAAACAUUUAUCAAUGAAAAAGUAUAUAACUUAGAAUGUAAUAAACCUAUUGAAAGUUAUUCUAUUUAAUAAUUAUAAACUGUAUUAAAAUAAAUAGAAAAAUAAAUUAAAUUAUUCGAAAAUGAACCUAAUUAUUAUUAACAGAUUAAAAAUUAAAGAACUGAUUUACAAGUUGAAGAAUAAAAUUAAUUUUAAAAUUAUAAAAAUGGAUUUAGUAAGUAUAUUUAUGAAACUUUUGAAUAAAGUACAAGAUUAGACAUUUCAAGAAGUACAAAUUAUACUGAUUAAUCAUUGACUGUAAGUGUGAAUGUAGAUGUAGAACAUGUAAAAUAAUAUAAUUUAUUUUAGACUUAAAUGAAGGUACUCUAUUCCUUUUGUAAAUAAAUCAAAUAAUUAUUAUAAUUUUUGAUUUAUUUUUUUGGAGAAUUAUAAGGAAUCAGAAAUAUAAUUAACAGUUAUCAAAAUAAAACUUAAUUAUUCAAUUUAUCAAUCAAAAGUGUUCUUAGUGGAGAUACUACAGGUAAUUUAACAUUAAAAUAAUUAAUGAUACAUAUUAUAAAGAGUGAUAAAACUAAAUUUAGAGAUUCUGCUCAAUAUAUGCAUCAUCAUUUUCCUGAUUUCUUUACAGAUUCAGAUUUUAAAAUUAGUCUAGUAUAAAAUCUAUUCGAUGAAAUAUUAACAUUUUCUGCAUAAAAAAGUAAAUUAUUUCAUUCAUAAAAUAGAUUUAAUAAAACUUAAUCCAAAUGAAAAGUACCAUGAAAAAAUAAAAAGAAUCUUAAAACUUUCCAAGAGUCCAUAAAUUACAAUAGAUAGAGUACUUGAAAAGAGAGAGAUCUUUCUUUAUUAUAAGGAUUUGUAGCCAGAAUUAUAAGAUUAAUUAUUAGAGGCUUUGAAAUUAAUAGAGGAAGUAGCUGCCUUUAUUUCUCAUUCUUAUUUAACUUAAUGUUUUAAAAAUUAUAUGUAUCCAUUUGCUACAUUUAAAUUCUACAUUUAAUAUCUAGCUUAAAAAUGUUAAUAAUAAGAAAAAGAUUAACCAAAUGAUGAAUAUUACAAUUGUUUCCAAGACUUAAUUAGACAAUUUGAUGAUCUUAUUUAAUACUAUUUAUAACCACCAAAAGGUUUGAGUAUGGUUUAAGCAAAAGAAAUCCUUAUUGAAUCUCUCUAAUUAUUAAAUCAAUUCCAACUUAUUAAAGCAACUGAAGCAAUUGCUAAUAAUAUCUUAAAAAGAUAGCUUAAGGAAUUCAUUUAAUAUAUUGAUUACAAUUAAGAAAUGGAUUUAUAAUGUAAUAAUGAUUUAGAGAAAUUGUAAAUGUAAAAGAAGCAAUUCAAAGUUAAGGCUAUGAAAGGUAAUCAUGAAGCAUAUCCACAAUUAAUUUAAAUCUUACUAAAAUUAGCACAAUUUUCUUUAAGUUAAUGUCCAGAGAUGAAUUUAGAGGAAAUUUAAAUUAAAUUGCCUAUCAAAAAGAGAUUAAGAUAUGUCAACAAAGCUUAAGAGUUUAUUAGAACUAUACAAAAAAAUACCCAAGGAAUUGACAUUAAUGAAAUAGAAAAAUAAGUAUUUGAUCUUAGUAAACAACUUUUCUUUUAAGACAUUAUGUAUGAUUUCGUGAUAUCUAAUGAAGGUGAAAAUCAAAGUAAAAUUUGAAAUUACUUCUCUUAGGUUAUCAUUCAGAAAAAAGGAAAAUUCUUAUUGAUAUUUUAGAUACCCAAGUUAUUUUACAAUUCUUUGAAGAUAACAAUAUUUAUUUUGGUUAAUUAUUGUGUCUGGAUUAUUUGGAACACUCCUCAGGAAAAUAAUUAUGUACCACAGAAAAAGUUGAAUAACUAUGGGUCAAUUUUAUUAAAAGUACUUAUUAAGAAUCAGAUGAAUGGCCAACUGAUGUACUCAAACGAUAAGUAAAAAAAUUAAAUUAUAAUUUAGAUGAAAUUAGUAUUAGAGAAUCUAAUUAAUAAUAAUAAAUAUAUUUAAUUGGCAAAAAUAACAGAAACUAUAGAAUUAAUUAAUACUAAGGAAUGUCAAGAAUAAUAAAUAACUCAACUUACUACUUGGUUAUUUUUUGAAAUAUUGUUAACUCAUGAUAUAAGAGAAAUUGAUUUAGUAAGGAUCUAUGUUAAUCAUUAUUUUGAUCAUGCUAAAAUCCAAUAAAAUCCCUUAUUUUAAGAAUUUUAAAUUGAAGCAAUUCAUACUUAUAAAUUGUAAUUAAUAUAGUAGAUUUUAAUUUUAUUUGACGCGCUCAAAAAAUUAAAAUAAGAUUAGAAAUAAACAAGUAAAUUAAUAAGUGAAUUUAGAAGAUAAUUUGAAGUAAUUAUUGAUUAAUAUAUAUAGAAUGAUUAUUAUAAUAUUGAUUAAGAUGAAUUAUAUGACAAAAAAGUUUUAGAAUAAAUAAAAAUAAGAAUCGAAUUAUUAUGAUUAAUAUUAUUGUUUUUAAAAAGCUCAAUUUUAGUGUGGCAAUUUAUUGUUAAUAAAUUAUAUUAUUUAAAUUCAAAUGUAGUAAGAAUAGAUACCGCAAUAAUAGAAUGACACACCAAAAAAGUAUUAAUUAACAACACCAACAAAAGAUAAGAAGUAAAAUAAAACAAAUUAAUCUACCACAAUAUAAUCCCCUAAGAAUAACGAUUUUUAUUCUCCAAAAAAUGUCAAUCCUUGGAAAACACCUAAAUCUUUAUUAAAAAGUAAUCAUAAAUAAAAUACUCCUGAUCAUUGUGUGUAAGCUUCCCCAUACAGUGAUAGAUAUAUUCCAUUAAAUGUUUCAAGAAAUUUAUUCAAUAAGCAAAUAUAACCAUUUGAAAUAGAAGAGGAAAAUCAAUAUGAAGAACUUUUAAGCGAAAAUGUUUUGGAAAUAGAUGAAAAUAAACAUGUAAGUAUUUUGAAUUUUAAUAAAUAAAAACAUGAUAAAGUUUAAUCGUCAAAAUAAUUAGAAACCCCAAAAAGAAAAAUAGACCCACUUCCAAUAAAAGUAUUAGAUGCACCAGGAUUAGAAGAUGAUUUUUAUUAGGAUACACUUCAUUGGGGGAAAAAUAAUCUAAUUGCUGUUGGUUUAUAAAGAUGUGUGUAUUUGUAUAAUGUUGAUAAUUCAAAAGUAUUUUAAUUAGCAGAACCAUUAAAUAAUAAUGAUCAAUCUGCAUAUUAUACAUCCUUGUAAUGGAAUACAAAUGGAUAGAUGUUAGCAAUAGGAUGUUGUGAUGGUUCUUUGAAAUUAUGGGAUUACAAUAAGAAUUGUUUUAAUGGAAUGAUGAAUUUAUCAAAUAAAAGAAUAAGUACAAUAAGUUGGGCAAAUCCUAGUAUAUUUGCUUAUGGAAGUAAAGAUAAGACAAUAAAUAUAUGUGAUAUUAGAGUACCAAAUUAUUAAAUAUGUUAAUUGUUAGGACAUACAUAGGAAGUAUGUGGUGUAACUUUUGAUGGAAAUGAACUUUAAUUAGCUUCAGGAGGUAAUGAUAAUAAAGUUUUUGUUUGGUAAAUGAGAGGAGGUAAUACUAAUGGUAUUAAUAAUUAAUAUAUUUCUUGGGAAAUAAAAUCACAUAAAGCAGCUAUAAGAGCUUUAGCAUGGAAUCCUAAUUCUUGUGGAAUUUUGGCUACAGGUGGUGGAAAUUAAGAUAAAACAAUUAAAAUUCAUAGUUCAUUAACUAAUUAAUAAAUUGCAAGUAUUAAUUGUGAUUCACAGGUUUGUAAAUUAAGAUUUUCUAAAAUUGUUAAUGAAUUAGUUUCAACACAUGGUUAUGAAAAGAAUUUAGUAUGUCUUUGGUAAUAUCCAACAAUGAAAAGAAUUCAUUAAUUAGAAGGACAUUCAGAAAGAGUACUUUAUUUAUCAGCAAGUCCAGGUAUUUAAUUAUAUUAGACUAUAUUUAGAUGAAUCAACUAUUUUAACAGGAUCUGGAGAUGAAACAUUAAAAUUUUGGAAAAUAUUUCCUACUAAGAUUUCAAAUAAUAUAUCCUCAUUACUUUCAAUGUGUGAAAUUAGAUGA